UCCAGUACAUCCCACUGUGGAAAGGUUUAUAAGGAUGACCUGCACAGCCCUGUUUGACAGCAUCACCCUGAGACUUCAUAGAAUUAACCAACGGACUGAGAAGCUCUAAGUAACCUACAAAAUGAAGCUGCCUCUGGUUGGACUGGUUCUGGUUUUUGUGGUAGGGGCCCAUGCCCAAUGGUACAAGUUCCCUGGACAAGCAAUUGCUGGUGCCAAGGACAUGCAUCGUGCUUACAGUGACAUGAAGAAGGCUAACUGGCUGGAGUCAGACAAGUACUUUCAUGCCCGGGGAAACCAGCAUGCAGCUCAGAGAGGACCUGGAGGCAGGUUUGCAGCUAGUGUCAUCAGUAAUGUCCGGGAAAUGUUACCACGGCAAAGCAGUGGGAAUAAUCGUGAGGACUCCAGAGCCGACCAGGAUGCGAAUCGCUGGGGCCGUAAUGGAGGUGACCUAUCUCGCUACCGACCCAAAGGACUCCCUGACAAGUACUGAAGCAGGUAGCCUAUCAGUACUGCAGCAACAAGGUGGUAAAACAACACCCAUGGUUAGUUGGUGUCAGUUAUCUGCCGAGCAAAAUAUUCAGUUUCAGCUCAGGUAGCUGAGGGUGAACACAACGUUCAGAAUUAUUUUAUCUGCUUCCACCUAGCCCCCAUGCUUUUUCUACUUCACAAUAUGGAGGCUUGCUUUGAACAUUCAAUAAAAAUGUUUUAACUCAA